CAAAACUCAACACAAAGUUACUGAAAGGUUUAAGAAGUAAAUUAGGAAAAGCGGUUGGAAAAUUCCUAAUUUAUAAUCGGAUUCCAGCGAAUGUAGCUGACUCUCCAUUUAUGCAGCCUAUGCUUGAUAUUGCUGCAGAGGUUGGAAAGGGGGUGAAGGGUCCAUCACCCUAUGAGAUAUCUGAAAUUUAUUUGGAGCAAGAGUAUCAAGAAAUGAAAAAUUAUAUAGCUUCUUUUGCUGGAAUUUGGAAGGAAAGAGGUGUAACACUUAUGUGUGAUGGUUGGUCAGGACCAACUAGAAAACACAUUAUAAACUUUUUAGUUUAUUGUGAUAGAGGCACCGUGUUUCAUAAAUCAGUUGAUGCCUCUGAUGUGCCAAGCAGAACAGCUGAAUAUUAUUUCAGAUUAAUGGAUGAGGUGGUUGAAGAAAUUGGAGAGGAGAAUGUUGUCCAAGUAGUGACUGAUAAUGAAGCUGCAAUGAAGGCAGGAGGAAAAUUAUUAAUGCAGAAGAGGCCCAAUCUCUAUUGGACAGCAUGUGCAGCUCAUUGCAUAGACCUUAUUCUUGAAGAUAUUGGUAAGAAAAGUAACGUGAAGAAGGUCUUAGAAGAUGCAAGAACAAUAACCUCAUUUAUUUACAACCACACAUGGACAGUGAAUUUCAUGAAGAAAUUCACAAAUAAUAGAGAGUUACUUCGCCCUGCCAUCACUCGAUUUGCCACAAAUUUCAUUGCUUUGGAGACUAUUGUCAGGCAUAAACAAGCACUAAGGGAAAUGUUUACAUCUGAUGCUUGGAAAAACUCAAGGUUUGGAAUGGCAAAAUCAGGCCCAGCAUAUGAUUCAAAGAAAAUUAUCUUAGGCAAAGAGUUUUGGCAAAAGGCCUCUGAUAUAAUUAAAGUGCAAGAACCCUUGGUGAAAGUUCUUAAAUUGGUUGAUGGUGAUGAAAAACCAACCAUGGGCUUCAUAUACGAGGCAAUUGAUAGGGCGAAGUUGGCCAUUCAAAAAGAUUGCCGGUUUUACAAAGACUAUUGGAAAAUUAUUGACAACCGGUGGAGUUUUCAGUUGCACCAAGAUUUGCACGCUGCUGGGUAUUUUUUGAACCCACAAUUUCUUUAUGGUGCCCCACCCUCUCCUGAAGUUGCUAGAGAAGUCAUGGAUGGAGUUAAAAAAGUGAUAACCAAGUUGGUACCCGAUAUAGAUACUCAAAUUCGGGCUAUUAAUCAAUUGUUGCUAUAUCGAGAUAGGCAGGAGACUUUUGGAACCCCGUUGGCUCAAAGGGCAGUGAAACAAACAAAUCCUGCUGAAUGGUGGAUUCAUUAUGGCUUGUGUGCUCCUGAGCUCCAAAGAAUAGCAAUUAGAGUUCUUAGCCAGACCACAUCAGCUUCGAACUGUGAGCGUAAUUGGAGCACCUUUAGCCUCAUCCAUACGAAAACAAGAAAUAGAUUAAAGUAUAUGAGACUACAAAAACUUGUUUUCGUACAUUACAACAUGAGGUUAAAGUUAAGACGUACAAUGAGAAGAAGCCAACGAGAAAUUGAAGAGGGUUUCAAUCCUAUCAAUUUGGACUACAUUUUCGAAGAAGAUGAUCCUUUAAGUCAAUGGUUAGAGGAGAGAGAGACACCACUACUCGAUGGUCAGGACAAUUCAAAUUGGUUAAAUGAAGAGGUUGGUGGUACUACAGAAGGAGGUGAUCAACCACCAAUAAACGCGCAUGAUGAUUCAGGUUCAAGCCCUGAACGUACACAAAGUGAUGACAAUCUUGGUUUGAGCCCACCAAGUGAUGAUGAUGGUAAUAGUGGUGCUGGAGCUGGGGUUGGGGGGGGGUGGCAGUGGUGGUGGUGGAGGCGGCGGUGUAGAAUAUAAUUAUGGAUAUGAUACAGGGACAUCAUUUGGAAGGGAUAUAUAUCCUUCUGAUCCUUAUGGAUUACAUGACAUACCUGAAAAUUAUGACUUGGGUAUUCCUCCAGGGAACCAAUCUUCACAACCCAGGAGAAGGAGGAGUGCUCGUGGUGACCCUAGCGAUUCUACUGAAGAUUCAUAUGGUGUGGUUCGUAGUUUUGGCGACUUUGGUUUAGAUGGUUCAUCAUCACAAUCAUUUGGAUCUCAUCCAGCAUAUCCACAUUAUGCAUCUCGUGACUCACAUUUUUAUCCCAGUGGAUUAGGAAUCUCAGGAUCUAGUGAGUCUUCUUCUACACACUACCCAGAGCCAGCCCCUGCCCCAACUUAUAGACAUUAUUCAGGAGAAUUUUCAUCACCAGUACAUUUUCAAGAGCAACAACAAAAUGAUGCAAACUUGGGUUCAUUCAACUAUGUAUUUCCACAAGGAUGGGGAGAUAAUUUCCCAUCCCAAUCUCAAGAUACAGAUGCAAAUUAUGAAGACCCUCCACUUCAUUCUUUUUGGUGGUGACAUGUGUUAUAUUAUAAAUUUGUAAUAUUGUAUUCAUGUAUUUUCAAUUAUUUAUUGAUAUUUGAUA